UUCUAUAUCCUAGCACCUAUUGGGGUGGCUUAACAUGAGAUUAAAUAUGUUAAUCGUACCAUCUAUUUUCUUCUUCUUAAAUAACCCAAAUCUCAUCCAAUCUAAACUGCUUUACUUUGGACUUCAAAAUGCGCGCUACGUGCAGAUUGCUUCAGACCUGUAGGAUCACGCUGUUCACGCGUGAAAACUGUGGACUCUGUACCAAAGCCAGAUCAGUUCUGUCCGAUGUUUGGGAUUCCCGGCCAUUUCAGUUCAGCGAGAUUGAUAUCAUCAAGUCAGAUGUUAAGCCUAGCUGGCGAGAUCUCUAUGAAUUUGAUGUCCCUGUAAUUCACAUCAGCAAGUCUUCGGCCCCAGAGGAGCAUCCGCAGUCCGCCUCAAAAGCAGUCAAACUCAUGCACCGGUUCACUGCUGACCAAGUCAAAGACAAAAUGGAUCUCGUCGAGAAAGCACAAAGCAGCUAAGCUCAGGAUGGGAUAAAGGCAUAGACACCUAAGUGAUAUUGCUCAUGUACAAACUUCGUUAUAAGGACUUAUAGCUCUGGG